AUGGAUCCUCUGUCAAUCGCGACUGGAUGCGCCAGUCUCAUAACAACCAUCGGAAGCUUGACUCUAUCUAUUACUUCAUUUGUGCGAAGCUGUAGAGAAGCCCGCAGCGAUUUGGACCGCGUAUCGCGCGAGUUGCAUUCUCUCCAAACAGUUCUUGAGCUCAUCGAAGAGGACGCGAAAGACGACACAAAGCCAUUCCCAGAGACAAUCCAGCGCCAUGUUUCUGGUAUUGUUACAAAUUGUAACUCGGUUGUUGUCGAAGUUCAAACUUGUAUAACGAAAUAUGGAGAUGGAAAGGUCAGAAACAAGGCCGCGUGGGUGCUUAAUGGUCAAGGCGACAUGGAAAAGUUGAGAUCCAGUCUCGAAGCUCAUAAGUCGGCACUGGAGCUGGCACUUGAUAUGCUCACUUUGUCUGUCACCAAAGAUAUCAAGGCCGAUACUACAGAGAUUCGCAACGACACAGCUGCUAUUAAAGACGAUACAUCUCAGAUUCUUGAAGAGAUCGCACGGCUUCAAGCCCGACUGCCAGUAACGGCUGCUGCACCGAAUGACUAUAUCCUACAGAAAUUUCUUGAAGAUAUGGCAACUUAUACAGAAUCAACUUUAGAUGUUGAUGGUGGCUUCAGUGACCGCGCAAGCUCUAAAGCCCUUUCAUUCAUCGAUGAGGAUGAAGAGAGUUCAUAUAUAUCAAACCAGGUGGACAUUUCUAUUCAGAACACAGAGAACGAGGACACAGUCAAGGCCAGUCAAGGCUCUCAGUCAACACCUGCAACCUACGAUGCGGUCAUCUCUGAAAAGAAAGACGAUGCGGAUCUUCCCCGAGAGCCACCUUUUGCUAGAAUGGUCAAACGGAAGUCUUUGGUAGGCACCGCUGAUAUCGAGACUGCGCAAGCACCAGCCAAGGAAAUAGGGCCCACGCCGAGUUUGACUCAACAGGAACCUUUGUUACACUUUCAAAGGCCGCAACCCGAUGUCAAACCACCUCCGGCCCAGAAACCUACACAAAUAAUAUCUCCGCGUCUCAGGAGAAUACAAACCGUUGAUGAUCAUAGAAGAUAUGAGAGAUUAAUUACUAUACUUGGUAAAGGACAAGACACUGAAAAGGUCUUCUCACAAUCAAGGCCAAGCAGCGAUACGUCUUUAACCGGGUCAUCCCGACUUGUUGACAAGCCUGAAGAACAAGAACCAAGAGAACAAUUGGAAGACCUAUCACCCGAGUGGGUGUAUAGAAUCGCAUAUGGUAUCACAGUCUUUAUGGGCAACUGUAUCCUCGAGUUGCCUGUUCCAGAGACGAUUCUGAAGCUUGUUCCUCGUACCGACCACGACGAAUUCACCCACACAAGAUUUACCUUUGUGACAUGCCCACCAAAGGAAAUGGUACUGACGGAAGCGCUCACCGAAGAGGCAAGAGAAGUAGCAGGGAAAAGGGUCGUAGGGACCAUGAUGGAGUACAUUGUUCAGCUUCGUGAUGUUGUAAACAUAAACGGUCGCUCAUCCGGGGAGGUAGUCCAAGCAGACAUUCCCAUUCGGGUAGUCGCCGAUCUUAAGCAUAUUGGAGGCUAA